CCCAGUAUUUAAUUAUAUUUUCUUGUGUAUCCCGGUUGGGCUUUCCAAUUAAUAUAAAAUCUGCUUUUGGUUUCUUCAUGUGCACUCUAACUGUUUGUUAAUAUGCCUCAUUGAACAGAAACCAUUUAAUUUUGUCAUUUAAAUGGGUCUACUCAGGCCUCAAGAUUGUUCAUUUUUAAUCCCACAGUUUAUUGAAGUAACGGAACUGCUGCAACUUGAAUAAUGUUGAUGAAUGUGAUGAUCUUGAUUGUGCUUGCAAAGAAAUGAUUGAUAGUUCAUUUAGUAUAACCUUUUUCAAAUUAUAAGCUUUGGUCUUUCAGUAUCUAUUGAAAAUUAUGUAACUUUUUUUAAUGUUCUAUAGAAUGGGUUUAGUAGUCGGAAAGUGAAGUGAUGUUGCAUUUGGGUUUCAGAAUGUUUCAUUACACAGAAAUUUAUUGGUUUGGAAGUUUAUUGAAAACAAGUUAUAAUGUUAGUUCUAGUGAAUGAGUACUCCAUUUGGAGGGUUUUUGAUAAAACUCUGACAAUGAGUUUUUUGUGUGUUUAGGAUGAUGGCAAGUUGAUUAAUCUUUUAGAGGAGGAAUAAUUUUUGUUGUUUUAUUUCUUUUCUCUGAUAAUUAUAUGUUCAGAGUUGUACUUUGUAAAGACACUGCUGAUAUCAUAUCGUGAUAUGGUUUUGUUAGUGAAUGGUAGAAAAUGGCUAGAGAAAAUGUCACACUAAUGUGUUACUGGAAUGGGAGGAUAACAAAUGGAGCACGAGGCAUUACUUAUGAAGGUGCCAUCCCAAAGCCCGUCAGGGUUACCUAUGAAACAACACAUAAUGAAUUGCUGGAAAAGAUGUACGAGAUUACUGGGUUUGACCGGCAACAGAUUAGAAUGAAGGUCAUAUGCAGGUAUCCAGCCUGUAGGGAAUUCAUACCUGUGCCUAUUAGUGAUGAUGAGUCUUUGGAUAUUGUAUUUGAUGUGGCACGCCAGCCUGGAACAAAUUGUUUGGAGUUGUAUUUGGAAAGAGAACCAGCAAGCAUAGAUAGCCAAGUAAAUAUCACAGCUCCGCUUGGCUGCGGUGAUAAAGUAAAUAGCACAACACAAGUCCAUGUGGAUAAUCAAGUCACAACGCCAGUCUGCUAUGAUAGUCAGAUAGUAGUAGAUGGCUACAAGUGUAAUACCAACCCUGAUACCUUUUUAGAGCCAGGACCAAGUGACAAGUCUGUGCUUGUGUUGCAAGACCAGCAUAGAUCUGAAGCCAUAUGGGCAGGAGAGGACCCUGGCGUCUUGACAUGUAGACAGAGAUUGGGUACAAUGAUGCGGGAGUGGCGAUUGGAUCACCGUAUUCGUCAUUUUGUAGUUGAGGCUGGAUUAUAUGGAGUAUACAGAAUUGGUUUUAUUCAGCUUGACUGGCCCUUGGUCACUGCAUUGGUUGAGAGAUGGAGACAAGAGACACACACCUUUCAUUUUGCUGUGGGUGAGAGUACUGUCACACUACAAGAUGUAGCAGUGCUUUUAGGCCUACGUGUACAUGGUUAUCCAGUGACUGGUAGUGCUAACCUCCAGUGGGAUGACCUCUGCGAGGAGUUGUUAGGGGUGAGACCAGAUCCUAAUGUUCUGCAUGGUUCAACCCUGAAGCUUAGUUGGUUACGAGGCCAGUUCCAACAUCUACCGUUAGAUGCUGAUGAAGUAACUAUGCAAUGCUAUGCUAGGGCAUAUAUAUUAGGCUUGUUGGGGUCUCUCUUUGCGGAUAAAUCUGGUUCGGAUGUGCAAUUGAUAUUCUUACCUCUUCUAAGGGAUUUUAAGUCUGCAGGGAAAUAUAGCUGGAGUAGUGCAGUACUAGCCUACCUUUAUCGUGAACUUUGCCGGGCUAGUAAGAAGGGGGCCAGUGAAAUUUCUGGUCCUCUAAUGGUGUUACAAUUAUGGGCAUGGGAACGUUUGCAUAUUGGUCGCCCUGAGAGAUUUGUUGCCCAAGAGCAGGAUCCAAUUGUUCCAGAUGGUGAAGCUGUAAAGAAUAAUGUGCAAGCUUCAGAAGUUGAGAUGGUCAAUCGGGAGGUGUUACCAGUAGAUCCAUUAGGAUGCAGAUGGAGGUCUCCUGUCAUCCGCAGAGAUAACCCUCAUAGGGCAUUGAUAUUUUAUCGAGAUCAGCUUGAUCAACAAACUUUCAAUCAGAUGAUAUGGCAGCCAUACACGUCUGAGUUACUUGUGUCUCUAGCAGAUGUAUGUGUUAGGGACCAGCAUGUGUGGAGGACAAUUGCUCCACUUAUUUGCUUUGACAUUGUUGAGUGGCAUCGUCCUGAUAGGGUUCUACGCCAAUUUGGCCUCAAACAAGAAAUUCCUGUGCAGUGUGAUACUGAGGUCAAAGUCCAUGCAGUUGAUAGGCGGGGCAGACAUCAUUACAACUGGAAGGCAUAUCAUCAACGAUAUAUCAAGUUAUGGGCAUCUCGGGAUAAAAGUAUAGUUAUCGCUGAGCCUGAAGAGAGCCCUAUGCAUUAUCAUGAUCCAUACAUGAAGUGGUAUCGAAGCAUAACUCGUCAUUUGAUUACCCCACUCACCCAAAGACCACAUAAGCGGAUUCAGCCUGCUGGUGGGAUGUCACAUUUACUGGUCCAUAGCUUGACAGAUAUUCACAAUCAAUGUUCUGCAGCCCUUUGUACUUUUACCAGUGAAAGUGCUAUGCAGUCAUUGACAGAUAUCCGGAAUAUGUGCACUCGUGUGUUGCAAAUGAUUGGGGAGAUUCGACACUUCGAGACAAUACCAGCACCUACCACAACCAUGGCACCACCAUCUCCUUCACAAGCUAAUGAUAUGGAGGGGCUACAACUUCGAAUAGCUCCAAGGCCAACCAAAACAAAAUCCCCAUUGAUGAGAGGGCGAGGCAGAUCCAAAGGUCGAGGCAGAGGACUUGGCACACAGGAAAAGGCAAUGGAACCAGUAGCAACAUCAGAAUAUUCAUCACCACAAGAGUUAGAAACAUCACUCACAGCUCAAUCACAGAGUAAUAGUAUUUUUAUAGAGGUGCCUUCAACUCUCAAUUUGGAGGGGCCUGCAGCACCAGCAGAGUCAUCGCAUCCACUCAAAGACGAGACAACAGCAGAGAAAGUGUCACCUUAUCCAUGUCUCACCCAAGUUGACUCCAGCCAAGUUACUAGGCAUAAGAAGAAGCCUAAGUUCCCUUGAUAAAUGUUACUAAUGAUCAAGAUGUUGAAUGUUGGUACUUCUUGUUCCAAGAACCUUGUGAAGAUGAAAAAAUCUUCAUUAAGGAAUGAAAUUUUCAAGAUUUUUAACA